UCGCUAAUGUUCACUGUUGAUGCGUUUAAUAAAAAGAUAGGUCCGUACGCUCUCUCAUCCGUCUUUAUGAUAAGGCUUUGGCUCCGCCCCCCUACCUGUAAAUCUCCCCAACAAUCUGUGGAGCAGAUCUGACGGACUUUGCCUGGAUCAGCUGAGGAAAGUGAACGGGGACGGCGACGUGUCGUAGAGAGCGGAAUAAUCGCCGAUAUUUGAACGGGUUCUCGAAAGACCACAAAGAGCGGCUCGGUUCCCAGCUGAAUAGCUUCGGGGACAUUGAUUAAGUUGGCGUUUAUGGGAGAAAUAUCGAUUAGACGCCGCUGAGGCGACCCCGCCGCUGGAUGGACGGCGGAGAGCCCGGAGGCAGCCGUUUGUCCGCGUCUCUCCCGCGAAUCCUCUCGCUUUCCGACUGAUUGCGACGCACGCCGCGCGAGUGCCGUUUAUAGACUCCAUUUUAUUUAGAAGAUAUGGAAAAGGACGAGGAGAACCCUUCGAAAUGAAACGCGAAGUCGCCGUUAAUGCGGAUUUAAAUGUCUCGCGCUGAGGCUGACGGACGCGCGCUUCCUCCUCACGCUCUCCAAGCCGCUGCCUUUCUCGCUCAGAAAUAUUAAUCACGCCGAGCAGACGUGGAUAGAAAAACAGGGAGAAGAAAGGAGAGGGAUAUUUGAAGCAAUAUGGCUGAUGGCUGGGGUCGGGGGCGCUGGCAGGAGCUCUCCAAAGCUUCAUCUCAAUGCUAGCUGUGGCAGAUGGCAACGGAUCCUAUGGCAGCAGCGGCAGCUCUAGAAUGAGUAACAAUAUCAAUUUGAACAAAAACCCGGACUCUUCUGUCUCUAUAUCGAAGAUGGACCUGAUCAUCCCUUUCUCGCCAGACGUCCCCUGUGACAACAAUGGUCAGCGCAUGUGGUGGGCUUUCCUCGCCUCGUCCAUGGUGACGUUCUUCGGGGGUCUCUUCAUCAUCCUCCUGUGGAGGACCCUGAAGUACCUGUGGACGGUCUGCUGCCAUUGCAACAUCAAAAACAAGGAGGCACAGAAGGUGAAUAACCCUAUGAACAGUCAGGCUGAUGGCCCACCGAAGAGCCUGAGUGAUAAAGAUGAAGCCCCAGCCAGCGAGGUGGGCUGGAUGACCUCAGUCAAAGACUGGGCGGGGGUCAUGAUCUCAGCACAGACCCUUACCGGCAGAGUACUGGUGGUGUUGGUCUUUGCACUCAGCAUCGGAGCUCUGGGAAUAUACUUCAUAGAUUCUUCGGAUCCUAUAGAAUCCUGUCAGAAUUUCUACAAAGACUUCACGUUACAAAUUGACAUGGCAUUCAACGUGUUCUUCUUACUCUACUUCGGCCUGCGCUUCAUAGCAGCCAAUGAUAAGCUGUGGUUCUGGCUGGAGGUGAACUCCGUGGUGGACUUCUUCACAGUACCGCCCGUGUUUGUGUCAGUGUAUCUGAACAGGAGCUGGCUGGGUCUGAGGUUUCUAAGAGCCUUGAGAUUGAUACAGUUCUCAGAAAUUUUACAGUUUUUGAAUAUCUUAAAAACAAGUAAUUCCAUCAAGCUGGUGAACCUGUGUUCCAUCUUCAUAAGCACAUGGCUCACUGCUGCAGGAUUCAUUCAUCUGGUGGAAAACUCAGGGGAUCCAUGGGAAAACUUCCAAAACUCUCAACCGCUCUCAUAUUGGGAAUGUGUGUACUUAUUAAUGGUCACUAUGUCCACGGUGGGAUAUGGAGACGUCUAUGCAAGAACCACUCUUGGACGCCUUUUCAUGGUCUUCUUCAUUCUCGGUGGUCUGGCCAUGUUUGCCAGCUACGUCCCUGAAAUCAUAGAGUUAAUAGGAAACCGCAAGAAAUAUGGUGGUUCCUAUAGUGCGGUAAAUGGCAGAAAGCACAUUGUGGUCUGUGGUCAUAUCACUCUCGAAAGUGUUUCCAACUUCCUUAAAGACUUCCUACACAAGGACAGGGAUGAUGUCAAUGUAGAAAUUGUUUUUCUUCAUAAUAUUUCCCCUAAUCUUGAGCUGGAAGCCUUGUUCAAACGUCACUUCACUCAGGUGGAAUUUUAUCAAGGAUCGGUCCUCAACCCACAUGAUCUAGCAAGAGUAAAGAUCGAGUCAGCGGACGCCUGCUUGAUUCUUGCGAACAAAUACUGUGCAGACCCCGAUGCCGAAGAUGCUUCUAAUAUCAUGAGAGUAAUAUCUAUCAAGAACUACCAUCCAAAGAUUAGAAUAAUCACACAAAUGUUGCAGUACCACAACAAGGCCCAUCUGCUAAACAUUCCCAGCUGGAACUGGAAGGAGGGUGAUGAUGCGAUCUGCCUGGCCGAGCUGAAGGCAGGCUUCAUAGCCCAGAGCUGCCUGGCACAGGGCCUGUCCACCAUGCUCGCCAACCUCUUCUCCAUGAGGUCAUAUAUCAAGAUCGAAGAGGACACGUGGCAGAAGUAUUAUCUGGAAGGAGUGGCCAAUGAAAUGUACACAGAGUACCUGUCCAGUGCCUUUGUCGGGCUUUCAUUUCCUACAGUUUGUGAGUUGUGCUAUGUGAAGCUCAAGUUGUUGUUGAUCGCUGUCGAGUACAAGUCCGAGCAGAGGGAAAGCAGAAGCAGAAAGCGGUAUGCCCUCUUCAUUAUCUCACCCCUCUACACUUUAGAUCAACUGUGGGAGAAAAGCUUAAGGAUAUUGUACCACCUCCCUCUCAAAAAUGGCCAAAAUCUCUCGCUAUCUCUCUUAUUGUGAUUCUCUUUGUGCUUAAUGCACUAACUUCUUUGCAGGCAGAGAGAGUAGUUGCUAUUGUUCGAUUCACUCGUUUCUUCGUAUGUGCUGUUCACACAUCAACAGCGUUAAUCCACUCCAUGUUCAUUCAUCUCUGGUUUUUGUUCUCAACUUCCUCUCUUCUCCUUUCCUUUUUUUUUACCCUCUUUGAUUAUUUUUCAGUGUUCAUCAGCUGCAAAUCAUUUCUGCCCGUGUCUUUUUCAGCGUUGUGCUCUCCAUGCGAACAGUACUUCAUGUUUUUUUUUGUUUUUUUCCACUUAUUUCGUAAUGCACCUAAUAGGAAAACAGCUGCAUUAUAUAUCAAAAAAAACUAGUGUAUGUCCAUUAAGAACUGAUGUGUCCCAAUAUGGCAAGUUUUACUUCACACAGUAUUAAACGCUUAACACAGAUUGGUUAGUAAAGGCCACACUAUUCAUGGCGACCAUCUUUGCCUUUUCUGUCAUUACCACUUUAACACUGUAUUUGCGUUUGUGUGUCUUUGUGUGUGUGUGUGUGUGUGUGUGUGUGUGAAAGAGUGUGAUUUGUAUAUAUGUGUAUGUGUGUGUGUGAUGUUGAUUCUGUUGAGUGUGAGUGUGUGUGUGUGACUGAACAGUCAGUCUGUUUGUCAGUGUUUGUCUGGAACAGACGUUCAUCAUGUCCCCAAAUGCCUGUGCGUCUCUGAGUAGAUGUUUAUGAAGUGAGGUCACUUCCUGUCAGUUUGGUGUUCUAUACAACAAUCCAACUGCACAGAAGUUACUGCAACAGUUUGCAUCUACGUGCCGCUGUGCGGUGGCUGCACCUGCUCUCUUUUAAACGUACCCUUGAUUGUGACGCUUUUAGUAACCGCAUGCCCGUAUGCUCUGUCAUGUGAUGUGUGAUGCUUUGUUUCCCAUAAUAUGAGGUUUGGUAUGAAUGGAAGCCUACAUUUUGCAUGCAAUCGGUCGAAGAGCGGCCCAUUGCAUUAGGCUUCAGUACGAUUUAGUGUCAAGCGGGGCGAAAAUCUCAAAUUUGGGGAGCAAUGUGUGUGAAUAUGUCAGUGAAUGAGUCUGUUUGUAUUCAUCUUCUGAACGGCAUGCCAAAUGUGCUGCUUCUCGCUAAGGGGGCUAUUUAAUCAGAUGUAAAGCUCAGUGAUAAAUAAUCCAGCACAAUGAUUUCGAGCAAGACAGAGCGCUUUUGACGUUUUCAUUAACUGACCAGCCAACUUCCGCUUUAUGAUGGAUUAAAUCCCCCUCUUUUGGCCUUCAUUUUUGAUUAAGUGGUUAUUUGACGAGCCCAGAGGAAAGGAUUUUGAUAGACUGCACGUAUCAAAUGUUAUUAAACUGUAUGGAUUUUUUAGAGCCAGUUAUGCUGGCCACAAUUUCGAGUUUGGAAUAAUAGGAUGUCUUUCAUGUACCUUUCCCUUUCUUCUGGGCUCUCUGGCCUUGAUGCUCUAGUCAGGCUGGGCAUUUGUUAAGUGUUGCAGCAACCACUCAAUUCAUUGAUGAUUCCUAACAACCGGCAACCAUUGAUGGCUGUGUUGUGUCGUCUCUGUCUAAUUAAUGGGGAAUGAUACAGUGGUUCAGUAGUGGCUCUGUCUACACUGCUGAACCUCUACAGUUACAAACCAGACUCUCCCAAAUAUCUGGCAUUGGAUUCGUGAACAUCAAAAAUUCCUUGCCCACCAAGGGAA